UCAUGUGAGCGCCUUGUCAUAAUCGCUCGUGAUCAAAUACAUGCGGGAAUUGCCCGUUUUUUAACGGAUAAUCAGCUAUUAACAGGAAUUAAGAGUGCGUGAUGUGCGUAACUCGUGUGGCAUAAGUAACUAAUGUGAAUAAUCUCACGCUAGCAGUCAAUUUUCGCAUCUGAUUCGGAUGUAAUUAAACGCCUAAUGUGUUUCACUUCAUAUCAAUCUGCUCUCUCACACCAGAUGUAUUAAUUUAUCUAAAAACGACGUUAUCGCGUUUCUUUGAGAAGGACAGAGAAAGAAUAUCUGAUUUACGUCUGUCUAGUAUAAUUCAGCAUCCUUAUGGCAAAGAACUUCUCUUUGGCAUCGGUUGUCGUGAUCGAUCAAAGAUGUUAUGUUUCAAUAAUGACAGGAUGUCUGACAACACUCAUGCUAAGGAACAGUGGCAACUUCUACAAAGUCUACGAUCUACUGCGGAAGGUCUGUUAAUCGAUGGAGUGUCCAAUGUAUGGGAUGUUUAUGGUGGCCUAAAUCGACUGCAUAAUGUGAUGGAGAAGAUAUUUAAACAUGGCUGUCGCAUAUUUGAUCCCAAUGGCGAGCCAGACUGUUGGAUAUUCAUUCAAGGAUUGAAUUGGCUUCAGCCCUCUUUAGCAACAUCACCAGUGUUAUCAGAAAAUGAGGAUUAUUUAAGCCAUUUACCAACUAGAAUAACAUCUAAAAAGGAUAUGUUGUGGCUAUACAAAAGUUUAGAAAGUCACUCUUUAUCACACAAGUUAUCAUGGCUUCUCUCAGAUAAGGAACAUUUACUCUCUUGCUUGGAACCAUGGGCCUUUCUCUGUCAAGAAAAUAUGGCAGAAGCAACACUUUUGUAUUUACGAGCAGUUGAGAGAAAUCAGCCUGUGCUGCUCGCAGAAAUCGAUCCCUGUUUAUUUCUGCCAACAUGGAUGUCGCCUAAAACAAGUCCCAGACGACAUCGUCGCUCAUCUUCAUAUCCAGUCAAUCUUUCUGGUGCUAAUUAUAUUUUUGCACGAGAUAAGAGUGAAAGGAGUUUCAAUAGAUACGUGAAGGUUUCAAUACAGUCUCGUUUGAAUACUUCAAUGCAGUCUGUGUCUCAUAAAAGAGACAGUGUUGAAAGUCAGAUAUCGAAGCCUGUACAAAUUAUUACUGAUGACAACGCGCAAAGUAAUUCCAAAAUCAAUGAUAUACCUCUGAAAACGUGGAAUAGUCUGCCUGCUUUGAUUAAGAGUCAAAGUAAUGUCCCAGUUGCCGUAGACAGUUCAACUGCGAUUUCGCCAAUUAUUCAAGAAAGCAAUGACAACAGUAACAAAAGUACCGAUCAUCCUCGUGCGAUGCACUUAGCGGAGAUCAUCAAUAUCAAUUAUUCCGAGUCGAAGCAACCCGUCAAUUCCAAUACGGAUAGGCUCAUAGCAAAGCCCAAGACACCUAUUAGGAAGACAAGAAACAGAUUGAAGACCAAACAUAGUCAAAAUAAAAGAGUAUCCGAAAAUCUGGGAGUUUAUUCGAACGUUCAUGGAGAAGAAAUCAAAAACACCAUCGAAGAGACGCAGCCGGUUGUAACGACGGCAGAAUUAGCAGAGAAGAGGUUCUUGAAGCAGUUGGCGAUGCGUAGAAAGACGUCCUUCUUGGUAGGUUCGGCGCCUGAAUUCACAAGUUCGUGGACUGUCGAAGUGGAAGGUCAAAAAGAUAUCCGUACGCCGCGGAAGAGCUUUAUGGAGGACGGCGGCAGUAGCGUGCAGCCAAUGGCAACUGGUUAUUUUCCGCGUCCGGCAGAAGGCCAAAGUUUGACUAGUUUCCUAUCCUCAGCACGGUUCUCGCGUGCCAACGAUGCCGAGUUGGAUCGCGAGAACGCGCAUUUUAGCAUCUGCGAGGCGAUGAUCGCCGCUAUCGAGCAGGUCAAGUGCAAUCGACUGCAACAGCUGGACGUCGACGCGGUUGAUGAUGAGAGCGAUGAGGAAAUCAACCGGCUCAAGCAACGGAUUCGGCUGCGACGUCGGCAGCGCCAGGAAGAAAAAUGUCGAAGUAAAGGUUGGAGUCGCGGUGAUCUGUUGAGCGAUGGUAGAACCGAUACAACCACAACCACCGAUCAGAGCGUCAGUCCAUUGUCCACGUCUCCGGAAGAUCCCUCGGACAGCGUGUCUACGGAAGAUUCUGAACUGGACGAUGAACGGAAAUUGAGAAACGGCGACGCAUUCGCGUCGACCACAUCAUUGUUUUCGGACAUAGAAUCGCGCCAGGCAAGGUUCGCUACAGAGUCGACUGUGAGCGAGAGCAGCAUGUCUGCUGAAGGGGUGGCUUUAUCUCUCAUCAGUCGCUUCAACGAGAAGCAAUUGCCUCGGGCUAGCGAGUUGCAGUGGCUGGUUUCCGAAAAGGAUGCGCCUCAGAGAUUGUUGCCGAUGCCGAAGAGCUGGCCGGUCAGUCCCGACGAAAUCGAGAUCGAAGAUACGCGGACGAUACCGUUGAGAGGGACGAUCGAAUGGGCCCCACCGCGACCACAGAUCAUUUUCACGCCUCAUCCACCGCCGGUAAGACGAACGUUGAUAGCGAAGCAGAAUUACAGAUGCGCAGGUUGCGGUAUGAAAGUCGCCGUGAAAUACGCCAAUCGAUUUCGAUAUUGCGAAUAUCUGGGCCGAUACUUUUGCACGGGUUGCCACACGAACCAGGUAGCAGUUAUCCCAGGGAAAAUUCUAUCGAAAUGGGAUUUCAAUAGAUAUCCCGUGUCAAAUUUCUCAUAUAGAUUACUAGACCAGAUGAUGUCAGAUCCGCUGUUCCAAGUGAACGAUUUGAAUCCGCUGUUGUAUAGACGAAUAAAACAAUUGGACAAAACGCGAGUUUUGCGCACAAAAUUAUUCUUCUUGAAAGACUUUUUGUUCACAUGUCGAUUUGCGAGCAGUCUUCAAAAUAUGCUGAAGAAGGAGCCGGAUUACAUCAUAAGCGAUCCGCAUGUAUACUCAAUUCAAGAUUUAAUAAACAUCAAGUUUGGCGUGCUAUACAUCAAGCUGCAAGAACUCGUUCAAAUUUGUUGUGCACAUACUAUGGAAUGUGAGCUGUGUCAAGCUAGAGGAUUCGUAUGCGAGUUAUGCUGUUCCAAAGAUGUUAUAUUUCCGUGGGAUUUGUUGAAGGUGAUUCGAUGCGACAAAUGUGGUGCGUGCUUCCAUAUGGAUUGUAAGCAGGAUUCUGGCAAGCUCGAGUGUCCUCGGUGUGUAAGGCUGCGCGCCAGACGCAUUUCGAGGGACGAGAAGCCCUGACAAAUGACAACAUUCUUUGCCACGCCAUUCAGAGUGGGAUAUGUAUAUUAACAUUUCCACAGAAUCAUCUUCAAAAAAUCUUAGAGAUUUAUUCUCUCAUCUAUCCCUCUUCUUUUAUUGAGUCUUUUCAGACGAUAUAAAAUUCUAUAUUAUAGAUAUAGAUGUUUUUUAGAUGUCUAUAUUGUUUGAGAUACUAUUAUUAAU